CAACAGCGGCAGCAGCAUCAAUAGCAACGGCACCUUAUCACCACCCCCACGCUAUCUCGUUGAAUCUCCCUCGCCCAAAAAUGUGCAGCAGCUGUCGCAGUUCGAAAAGUUCACGCGCGAUGUGCAAAUCCAAGAGCUGGAGCUGAACAGCGACUGCAGCUCCGGUGAGUUUAAUUACAAUCUGCACUCGCCGCUGGUCUGCGAGGUAGACUCGGAGUCGGAGGCUGGCACGCCGACGCUCGCUGUGAGUCCAGAUGUGCCGUCCAGCAGCCGCGCCGAGCAGCAGGAGCAGCUGCGUCAGAAGCGCGCCCAGAAGCGCAACGCACUCGAAUCGCACUUCUUGCCGCAGCUGCUCAGUCCGCGCUAUCUGGACAGCAUACUGGAGGAGAACAGCGAGCUAGGCGGUGAGCAUGUGCUCAGUCUCAGUCGCAGCAGCAGCAGCAGCUUCCAGGAGCAGAGCCAAACGCGUGCGCCCGCCAAGCUCAACGAAACGUUUCCGCGCAGUCAGCUCGACUUUAGUCGUCGCCACAAGCGUCGCGAGGAGCCGCUGGCCAUAAUGCUGGAAACCAAGUUGAUAGAGCCGCCCAGCGAUUUCGAAAGCUGCACCAGACUGCAGAGCGCGCUGUCGCCGCAGCUGGAAGACGCUGAGCUGGUGUAUCUAAGCUCAUCCGCCUCCAGCAGUGUGUCGGAUCUAAUGGAACUCGAACUGGAGCAGGCCGCAGCGCUAGCGGAACGCGCACUCAUCGAUCUGGACACGGAUGCCAGCAAGCUAAUCAAGCGCCCGCAAGACGAUGAGCUCAGCAGCACCAGCACCACCACCAGCAACACGCUGGAGCGCCAUAGCUCGUCCAACGAAACCGAAACCGAAAACGAAACCGAGGGAGAGUGUGAGGUUGAAACGGAAGUGGAUACGGAAGUGGAAACAGAGCCAACAAGUAGAGAGAGCACACCUGUUAAUGCUCAUCCCAACAGCAGCAACAGCAACAGCAACAGCGACAACAACAAUAAUCUAUCGGCUGGCAGUUCGCUUUCCUCGCUGUUAAGCGCCGCGACGCCAACGCCAGCAGAGACGCCUACGCUAACGCGAGCGCCAACGGCAACGAAUUCGGCCAACGAGCAAACGUCCGUCGAAUUGGCCAACAGUGUCGAUGCAGCGUCAACGCUGUCGGUAACGCGCAAAGAAUUCGUACGUAGCAUGGAAAAAGUGCGCGAAUUAAUCGAAAUGACGCGACGCGAAGAAGAAGAAGAAGCAGAACAGUGCGGCAAUGUAAACGGUAACGCUAAUGUUGUUGCUACGGAGCAACAACAACAGCAACAACAACGCUGUACGUUAUCCCCCUCCCCGCCGCCUGUGCCACCACCCCCCAGCUAUAUGCACUAUACUCCUCCCGCAUGUAACAACAGCAGCAAUCUUGAAACACAACAGCAACCAGCACAGCUAACAACACUUUUGCUCAAGCGCCAAGAGUCGAACGAUUCACAUUGCUCCGACAGCACACAGCACAGUCAAUGCACAGCCAUUCACAUGGCCACACCACCACCAGAACACAACAGACCACCCACACCUCCAUUGCGCCAGCAAUUCCCCCCACAACAGCAACAGCAACAGCCACCAGCAACUGCAGUCUCUACAAUUUCAGCUGGCGAAACGGAUGCGGAACGUAUUAAGAAGCUGCGUCUGCUAUGCACCGAAACUUUGGCCUCCAUGCCCUUUGGCGAGCAGAUGCUUGAGGAGCUCGCCAGCGUUGCCAGCAACAUCAGUCAGCAGCAGCUGCAACAACUGCAACAAAAAGUAGAAACAAACAGCAACAGCAACAGCAACAUGCCCUAUCCGCUGCCCAAUUUGCCGCACAUAAGCGAGCUGCAGCUUUCGCUUAGCGCCAAGCCCACAGACGAUGCUUGGCUGGGUUUGCCCACGCAAGCGGAUCCCAAGCUGCUGGUAUGUCUGUCGCCUGGACAACGCGCGCAGCAGCAACAAACGCCCGAUCAGCUGCUGGAUGCGCAUGAAAAGUUCGUGAAGCGACGCGGCUAUCAUGAGCUAAGCGCCGAACAGGUGCGCGCCAUGGACAGCGAGCAAAUGAAACUGGAACAGGAGCAAAUACUCAAAACGGCGGCAAAGAUGCGCGAGUUGCGCAAGAGUCUAACGCCCACGCCAACGCCGCCGCCAGUGCCUGUGAAGAGCGCCGAGACAGCGGCCAAGGCAAUGAGCCAAGCAGCGCGAGCAGAUGACGUAAGCCAGCUGAGCAACAGCAACAACACGUCGGCAACCGCGACAUCAUCAUUUGAAAAUAAACCAAGCACAGCAGCUGAUCAGUCAGCAGCACAGCAGCAACAGUUGCCGAACACAUUUGAGCAGCGCACAUCGUCCAGUCACAGCAGCCACAUGAGCAACCAACAACAGCAACACAGCAGCAACAGCAAAUUUCCAGCCAGCAUGGAAAGCGAGUUAGCGCGCAUGUUUCCCAGCAUGGCCAAGCAGGGCGACAUUUUCGAGGAGCAACGCAAACGCUUCUCCAACAUUGAGCACAGUCUGCAGCCCACGCUGACGCCGCAAACCAAACGCUACUCCAACAUCGAAACCAGCAGCUACGAGUCCAAGCAGCGCAUCGAGAAUGGCCAAGUGGUCUACGACUACAGCAACAGCAGUCGCGAGCAGCAGCAACAGGGUGACAAGCCGCAGAAGUUUCCAACAGCAGCAACAGCAACAGCUGUGGAUGAAGUGGAUUGUGCACCACCAGUGCCGCCACCGCCGGCAGCUGCAAAUAUUAUGUCAGCAACCAAAUUAAAUGGCAGCACUUUCAUUGAUGACGCACAGCAGCAACAGCAACAGCAACUGAGCAGCGAGAGCAGCAGAGAGCAAACAAACUCAACAGCCAAGGUGAACAGCAGCAGCAGCGGCGGCGGCACUUAUGAGGAAUUUCGGCAACGUGCCAAGGCAGCUAUCGAAGCAAUUGGACAGCCGCAAACUAGUCAAGGCAAUCGCUUGGAUAAUGAAAACCUAUUCAAGGACUUUGAUGCGCUCUCGCAGCAGCUCAAUGCCGAGUUGUCGGCCAGUCGCUCGGAGCGGCAGCAGCGCGACAAAUCCGCAUCGCUCUUUGAUCUCAGUCGCGCCAGCAGCAGUCAGGAGCAGCAGCUGAAGCGUCAGCGUCAUGCGCACAUGCAGGAGCUGGAGCGCGAAAUCGAGCGCAGCUCACGUUCGCGCCAGGAGCGCAUGAGCUCAGUGCCGCGCCAGAUCACAAUUGACUUGGCGCCGGAUUACGAGCCACGCAGUCGUCGCUCCGAGUCGCUGUGCAAUCUAAGCGAUGCACAGCGUCCGCAUAGCUCAGCCGAAUGUUAUCGCCCAGUGCCUGCGCCGCCGCAGCAGCGGCAGGACGACGACUGGUCACGCUAUGCCAGCGAUUUGGGCUACUCGGAGAACAUCGCGCGUCCGUUUGCGCGCGAAGUGGAGAUUUGCUAUCAGCGCCAGCGCCAGCCGCAUGCCAUACGCGCGCCCCGACUCUCCGCCAGCACCAACGAUCUGAGCAGCAGCAGCAGCUACGAUGUGCACAACGCUUAUGCGGGCGCGCGUCGACAUGCGCCAAUGCUGCAGCAGGCGCCGCCGUCGCAGCAGCAGCGUCCACACUACGCCAGCUGCUACAGCAUGAUCGAGCGUGAUCCCAAUCCCACCUACAUAAGCACCACCAGUAGACGCGGCGUUUCGCCUGCGCCAGCAGCAGCGCCGCCUGCCUACGAUCGCCAGCGUCGCGCUUCGCUGCCGCGUGAGCUGCACGAGCAGCAGCUGCAGUACAUAAUGAGCAAGGAGGAGCAGCUGAAGCUGGAGUUUGAAAAGCUGCAGCAGGAGCGCCAGCGGCUCAUGGAGCAAAUGCAGCGCGCGCCAACGGUGCUGCAGGCGCCACCACCACGACGCGAGAGUUAUCGCCCAGCGCCCAAGCUGCCCACGCUAAGCGAAGACGAAGUGUUUCGCCAGCAAAUGGCCGAGGAGUGGAUGCACAAGGUGGCGGAGCGUGAGGAGCGGCGUCAGCACAAGAUCAUAAAAAUCUCCAAGAUCGAGGAUGAGCAGCAGCACGCGAGCGAGCAGCAGGCGAACCUAAGCGAUGAGUUUCUGCAUCGCGUCAAGGAGCGACGCCACAAGUUGGCCAUGCCCGCGGACAGUGAUUGGGAGAGCGGCGCCGAGUCGCAGCCCAAACCUGCAGCAGCCGAUUCCGAUGCGGAGGCGCCGCAGCCGCCAGUGCGUGUGCUCGAGGGUCAAAGCGAGGCGAAUCUACGCGAGCUGCCGCGUCAUCUGCGCGAGUUUGCCAAGUUCUCGAGCAGCGAGCAGCUGGCCGAUGGACAGACGCAGCGGCAUGAGCAGCAGGAGCGCAGCGAGACGGCGACGGACAAUUCGCUGAGCAGCGCCAGCAAGAAGUCGUGCAUUGUGAAGACCUACAAGGUGUCCCGAUUGCCGCCAUCUGUGCAGGCCAAAGCAAUUAAAAGCGAGCAGCAGCAGCAACAACUACAAGAGCAGCAGCGAGUACCGCAGCGCGCAGCGACGCCAACGAUGACUGCAAAGCUGCGUCAACGCCCACAGAAGCAGACGCGUUUUUUGCUCUCGCCGCAGCAGCUGCAGCAGCAACGCCAGCGACGCAGCUGGUCGGAGAGCGAUCUGCUCAAAGAGAUUGACAAUGAGCUGCAGCUGGCCAAGGGUUUUCUCUUUGCCAACGUCUACAAAGUGAAGCACGAGUAUAUGAGCGAACCGGAAACGGAAACAGAUCGUCCGCGCAAAAUGGCACAGUUAGGUCGACGUCAGUACGACGGCAUCGGUCCCGUGACCAACGAUGGAAUGCCCAUCAUACUCAGAUCGGAGGUACAGGCACCGCAUCAGCAUGAGUGGUACAAGCGUCUAUAUCAGACCAUACAUAAGCAGAAAAAUGGCGACGAUUUCGUGAUACGCUACAAAUGUCCCAGAGCACGUCCAUCGUACAAGAGCAAUGGUUAUAUGUCAGAACCCGAACCCAACUACGACUCCGACUACUCAACUCUAAGGUAUCGCACCCCGAACCCACUACGCGUGCAAUCGGUUUCAUCCGCUGUCAAUGUGCGCAAUCUAAAUCAGGACGAUAAGGUUUAUGGUACUAUGCCCAAUCCCAUAAAGUCGGCACCCAACGCUUAUAAAAAUCAACCUGGUCGCAUUGAGAACUAUACCACUGGUCAUUCAUCGGUAUCGGAGCAGCAGAAGAAGGAGUGGUGGGACGAAGUCAUGGACAUCUUUAACGGGAAUUUGGAACAAUCGAAACUAUCGCCGCUUUAUACAGAAGGCAAUUUAUCCAGAGCUUUAGCUAAAGAGUCUGGCUAUACCAGCGAUUCCAAUCUAGUCUUUCGCAAAAAGGAGCUACCGCAGAGCAGUCCUUUGAGUCCUGUGGAACAGCGACAAGCGUACAAGAGUUUGCAAGCGGGUGGAGAGCCACCAUUGCUUGGUUUUCGCAAACCAGCGCCCGAGAAGCCCAAAGAUUAUGACUCGAGCGCCGCACCCCCCAUACCACCCCAGCCGCCACUCAAGAGCUACAGCAAUGGGGAUCAGCUCGAUUUCGGUUCAGACGUUAAUGUGCAGUUCAAGACGCCAAUGCGGCAUGAGUAUAAGCCUCACAUAUCGGAGGAGGAAUUAGCCAUACGCCAAGCGGAGCAUAUGCAGAAGCUGUACCAGGAGGAGCGACGACGCAAGUAUCUACAGGAGCUGCAGGACAUGAAUUCACGACGACACACGGACAACUUUACGCCCUCACAGAAAUCGCCCAUUGCGCUAAAUCGCUACGAUGACUUCCCCACAGACGUGACGCUCAAGUCGCUCGUCGGGCCCAAGACAGUCGCGCGUGCGCUCUACAAUUUCCAGGGACAAAGCUCCAAGGAGCUGUCAUUCCGCAAGGGCGACACCAUCUAUAUCAGGCGGCAGAUCGAUGCCAAUUGGUAUGAGGGCGAGCACAAUGCCAUGAUUGGACUGCUGCCCGCCAGCUAUGUGGAGAUUAUAAGACGCGAUGGCGCCAAUACGCCCGCUAAGCGUCCAUCGGAGGGUCAGGCGCGUGCCAAAUAUAAUUUCCAGGCUCAGUCCGGCGUGGAGCUAUCACUAAACAAAGGCGAGCUGGUGACGCUAACCAGACGCGUGGAUGGCAAUUGGUUCGAAGGCAAAAUAGCCAAUCGCAAGGGCAUCUUCCCAGUCUCCUAUGUGGAAGUGCUCACUGACAUUGGCGCUGAGGAUAUUGCGGCUAGAACCACGACGAUCAUUAGCCAUAGCACCACAAAUCUGCGUCCGAAUUUGGAACAGCUGCGCACAAAUAUCAACAACGAGUUCAAUACGAUUACACAGAAUGGUGCACAGGCGCCCAAUGGCAUCCUCAAGGACACCAGAACGCUGCACAAGACGGAUGCGCUGCAUGUGGACACCAGCUCCGAGCCAUUGACUUAUCGCGCCCUCUACAAAUACCGUCCACAGAAUUCCGAUGAGCUGGAGCUCUUCGAGGGCGAUCUGGUGCACGUGCUGGAGAAGUGUGACGAUGGCUGGUAUGUGGGCACCUCGCAGCGCACGGGCUGCUUCGGCACCUUCCCCGGCAACUAUGUGGAACGUGCCUAAGUGAUGAAUCAUCACGCAGUUAAGCAAGAGAGCCCAAGAACCGUUACGAUAUUUGUUUUGUUUUGCCAGCUACUUUUAAUCAAAGAAAAUUAUCAACAAAAUGAAAAAAAAACUAUUUUAAAAUAUAUUCUUCGCUAAUCUUAAUGAAUUUGUAGUCUAAUAACUUUAACCAAGGCAGUCAAGGCAAAUGCAAUUAUUAAUUAUUUAUUUUGUUAAACAAAAACAAGCAAAGCAACAACAAACUGCUUAACAUAAACUUUUCGUUUGCUAAUAUGUUUCUCUUUGAUUUAAAUAAUGUACAACUAUUUAUUUAUGUUUAAAGAUAUACAUGUUGAAAUUAUGUUUAUUUAUAACCAGAAUCCUAAAAUCCACACCAACCACAACUCCCACACCACCAACACACACACACACACACACACACCAAAAAAGCAAAAUUAAGCUUGAAUAUAUAUUUUAUAUAUUUUCUUUUCGUUUACCUACUAAUUUUAACUAGUCACAGCUAAUUUCCAAAAACAAAAAAAAAAUUAAGAAAACCCACAAGUAAACAAAUAAAAAAGAAAGUGUUAGCCAGGAGUGCGCCAUCAAAGUGCCUUAAAAAUAAUAUAAAAAAAUAAAAUAAAAUUAAAAGCGCAUAAAUUAUUAAUUUAUACUUUUAUGAACUAAACAAACGACAGCAAAAUAAUUUAAAAUGUAAUAAUAAAUUAUUCAAAAGCGUUUAUUACACACAGACACCUGUUGCAAUGCGUAUGCGUAUUUAGUUAAUAAAGAAUACAACAAAAACACUAAA